AUGGCGAAAACAAAACCAGCAGAUCGAAGGUCCGACAGGAGCGCGAAGAAUGGGACGAAAAAAGCCAGCGCUACGAAAGAGUCGAAGAAACCAAAAGCAUCACCAGAAGAACUCUUGAUCCAAGCAACCGCUCUCCUCCAAACGUCGCAACCAGAGGAAGCGCUCGUCGCCGCACGGAGAGCACUGAACAUCCUUCAACCCGGUACUUCGAAGCCCUCGGUGGCAGUGCUGCCCGCACUGAAUCUCCUCGGCGAGAUCAACGUAGAACUAGGCGAUCCCGACUCAGCGCGAGAGGCCUUUCAAGCAGCAGUUGUAAUCGACCCAGAAGGCACCAACGAUGGCGCAGAAAAGUUUCUAUGGUUGGCACAGUUAAACGAGGAGGGGGGUACUGAGAGCGUACGAUGGUUUGAGAAAGGCAUUGCAGUGUUGAAGAGGGAGAUCAGUGAGCUGGAAGGGAAGCUGGUGAAGAAGGAUGACGUCACAGAGCUAUUGGAGGAGAAGAGGCAGAAGAUAGCAAACUCGCUUUGUGGAAUUGCUGAAGUCUACAUGACGGAUCUCUCGUGGGAAGAAGACGCUGAAGCGCGAUGCAACGCCGCAGUCACCGAAGCACUGCUUUUUGCGCCAGAGAACCCCGAACCACUACAAACACUUGCAUCAAUACGGAUCUCGCAACUAAAACCUGAAGAGGCCAAGUCUGCAUUACUACGAAGUAUGGAGCUUUGGAAAGAUCUAGACCCAGAUGACGCCAAGGUGCCGGAUUACUCUACUCGAAUCAGCCUGUCCCGCCUGUUGAUGGAAGCUGAGAUGGAAGACGAGGCUAUUGAGGUCUUGGAGCGACUAGUGGGCGAGAACGACGGCAGUGUCGAGGCGUGGUACUUGGGUGGCUGGUGCUUGCACUUGUUGGCAGGGAAGCAAAAGACCAAAGGCGAGGAAAAGGUUGCCAUGUCACUGCUGCGUGCGAGCCGAGACUGGCUGGAGAAUUGCCUGAAACUAUAUGGCAUGUUAGAGUACGAGGACGAGCGGUUGAAAGAACAUGCUGAUGAGCUACUGAAAGAACUUGGCGAUGUUCUCGGCCCGUCAACGGGCGAGGACGAGGACGAGGACGAGUGGGACGAUGCAGAAGACGACGACGGAGAAGAUGACGACGAGGCCAUGGAGGGCACGUGA